CUUGUUUUCGUACGAAUAGAAAACGUUCGAAAGUAUGCCUCAUUCGUAUCCUUGGUUUCGUACGAAAGAAAUCUAUCCAUUCGAACUUUCGAACAUCGUUCGUUCGAACGAAUUGUCCUAUCCUUGUUUUCGUACGAAAGUGUUUUUUCGCCUGUCAGUCAAACGUUAAUGUUGGGUUGCGAAUCAGACGAAGCGUAGAAGAAAAUUCAAUCGAUGUUUACGUUUUUGUGGUUUAUUCAGGUGAUGUGGUAUGUAAAAGUUCAUUUUCUUUUAUGUUUAAUUCUGAAAUUCUAUGUGAUGUGCUUUAAUGUUUAUUUGAAUUACAGUGAAAAAUUGCUGUAGAAGCAGAAAGAAAGACAUUUCCAAUAGAAUAUUUCAACUCUAAAACCUAGACGAAACAGAACCUGGAUAGAACAAUGUCGAAACCAUCGAAAUCCAAAAGCACAAACAAGGAUCAAUACAGCCGACUGGUUGAUCUCUUGGAAGAGCAGCCGGAUAUCGCGAAGGGUUUCGCGAAAUGCAAUGCUUCUCCCUACUGGAAUUCUGUGGCAGCCGAGUUGAACAGUCUUGGGCCACCAACUAAAGAUUCAACUGCGUGGAAAAAGGUCUGGUUCGAUUGGAAAUCGAACACGAAACGCAAGCUAGCCCACAACCGUCGCGAGCAAUUUGCUACAGGUGGGGGUCCUAGUAAGUUUAUUGAACUUACUGCGCUGGAGGAACGAGUUGUUGUUCUUGCAGGACUUGCUCCAGCAGUUGAGGGCAUAGCCGACACUUGCAGUUUCGGGCUAGAACCUAGCGCAAAUCAAUCAAUUCAUGACAGUGGGGAAUCUGCGUCGAUUGAAGAUAAUCGAAUUCCGGAGGAUAGAGCCAAUGAGAAUAAUGAGACGCAUACAUCGAAGAAGAGGAGGACAUCAAUGCACACAUUGCUGGAGACACAAGUGCAAAACCAAGCAACGUUUCAUGACUCGGUCACCAAUAUUCUAAAAUGCUUUGAAAAAAAAACUGCUGAUUUGGUUCAUUAUAACAGACAGAUUUCGAAACAGUUAGAGAACAUAAACGAAACUAUCAACAAUGUGCUGAUGGAAAAUCAGAGGCACAAUCUGGAAUUAGAGAGAAUUAAUCUGGAAAAACUGAAAAUUAAAAAAAGGAUUCUUGAGAUGGAAUUAAGCCGUCUACAAUAGACAUUUCGAUUUUAAAACAAAUGUGAAUGUAAUGUAAUGUGAAUGCUAAGCUAUGUUGUAAUUUAAUGACAUGAAUUUUAAAAGUAUAUAUUGUAAUGUGAAUAUAUUACAUUUUCGAAUGUAAUAGUUAAAAACUACUCGAAAAAUUAGAAG